AUGGCGCUCACCACCUCCAAACGCCUCCACUUAGCAGCGACGGUCAUACUAACAUACGCCGUACGUGUACUCGCCCUAAAGGGUUGCCCCAAUUGCGGCUCCACCCCAGUUCCUUAUCCUCUUAGCACCGCUCCAGACUGUGGUGACCAGUCGUAUAAAAUCAGGUGCAACGCCACCUCCCUUUUCUUCGACACCCUCGAUAACACUUACCCAAUCACUUCCAUUUCCCCCACCAAUCAACGCCUCACCAUAGAACCCUCACCUUUCCUCGCCAACACAUGCAUCACGUCAGAUUGGCUCGCCUCCGAUGGCCUCCAACUCAACUCCUCCGCCCCCUUCAACAUCACCAGCAGUAACACCGUCUUCUUCCUCAACUGCUCCAUUGGCGUCCUCAACACCCCAUUAGACUGCACCUCCAACAACCUCUGUCACAAGUACAUCAAUGGCACGGCCGGGAGCGGCUGCGUGGAUACGCAGGUGUGUUGUGCGUUGCAGGCGGGGUCCUCUGUGGUUAGGUACAAUAUAGGGUUCAAGAAGUCUGGUUGCGGGGCGUACCGAAGCUUCGUGAAUUUGGAUGACAGUUUACCGGUGAGCAGGUGGCCGGCGCCUGGAGUGGAGUUGGAGUGGCGUUUGCCCAGAGAGCCCACUUGUGGGGAACUAGGCGAUUGCGAUUCGGGAUCCACUUGUAGUCCCGAUCCGAACUCGAAUGGUGCGAUCAAAAGAUGCUUUUGCAACUCCGGGUUGCAAUGGGACUCGGUUGUUGGACAGUGUAUUAAAGUGUAUCAAGGUCCAGAUAAAGAUCGAAUCGCCCUUAUAACAGGUUUAACUACGGGCCUUGGUAUAUCACUCUUAGCAGCACUGAUUAGAUUUUUAUUCUACAUGCGGCACCAGCGCAUCAAGAAAGAGCAAGAACGACUUACUCGAGAACAGCUAUUGACAUCUCAGAAAGUUGUUGAUUUCAAUAGAGAGGAGGAUGACGUGAGCUUGGCCGCUUAUGUGCAGAGAUUGGUGGAGGAGGAGAGGAUAAUGGACGUGGUUGAUCCAAUGUUGACUAGGACAGGAGUAAGCAACAUGGGGUUUCAGAGCAUAAAGGCUUUGGGGUUUCUGGCUGUACGAUGCUUGAACGAACACACACAAAACAGGCCUUCUAUGAAGGAGGUUGCUGAGGAGAUUGAAUACAUUAUCAGUGUUGCAACAAUUGAUGUCACUGAGUAG